CGAACCCUAAAAAGAUCAUUCACCAACCGCAGAUAUUUCUGAAAGAGCAUACAUUAUAUUUCCCGAUACAGAAUCCGACGUUCGUUCCGUUCCUCUGUUUCUCCUUAAUUUAAGUUGUUAUAAAGAUCGAGAAUUUGAACUUAAGGCGAUUGUAAUGGCUGGUCAAAGAAAUGAUUACGGUAAAAGAUCCCAUUUUCAGCCUGAAUAUGCUGGAAAUGGAGGAGGAGGGAGUAAAAGGAGGAACGAAGGCGAGGAAAAUGAACAUCAUGGGAUUGGGCCUGAAGACACCGUUUACCGUUAUUUAUGUCAUGUCAAAAGGAUUGGUAGUAUUAUAGGAAGAGGUGGUGAGAUUGUGAAACAGUUAAGGUCAGAUAGUAGGUCAAACAUUAGGAUUUGCGAAGCUAUGCCAGGUUGCGAGGAGAGGGUGGUUAUGAUUUAUAGCUCUAGUGAGGAAACAAAUCCCCUCGGUGACGGUGACGAUGAGCUUGUUUCGCCUGCUCAGGAUGCUUUGUUUAGGGUACAUGAUAGGGUUGUUGCUGAAGAGUUGCCUGCCGAUGAGGAUUUCGAAGAACAAACACACGUGGUUACUGUGAGAAUGCUUGUGGCAUCUGAUCAGAUUGGCUGUGUUAUUGGGAAAGGAGGACAAGUGAUUCAAACUAUAAGGAGCGAAACACAUGCUCAAAUUCGGGUUUUAAGUAAUGAGCAUUUGCCUCCCUGUGCUUUGAGUUCUGAUGAGCUUCUUCAGAUAGUUGGAGAGCCCUCAGUCGUGAGGAAGGCUCUUUAUCAUGUUGCAUCUCGCCUUCAUGAUAAUCCUUCAAGAUCCCAGCACUUGCUUCUCUCCUCUCUAUCUAAUAUGAAUCCACCUGGUGGGAUGUACAUGAAUGCUCCCCUUAUGGGUUCUUAUGGCAAUUAUUCUUCCAGAGGAGAUGAUGGCUCUGCAAAGGAAUUUUCUCUUCGUUUGGUAUGCCCAGCUGGAAAUAUUGGGGGUGUGAUUGGAAAAGGUGGUGGUGUUAUCAGACAGAUCAGACAGGAGUCUGGGGCAUCUAUAAAAGUGGAUAGCUCCGCAGCAGAAGGAGAUGAUUGCAUUAUAUUCAUAUCAACAAAGGAGUUUAUUGGAGACCCAUCCCCCACUAUCAAUGCCGCUCUGCUUUUGCAAUCACGAUGCAGUGAAAAAACAGAAAGACAAUCAGGAGAUUCUGUAAUCACCACCCGUCUACUAGUUCCAAGCUCACAGGUUGGAUGUCUUAUUGGUAAAAAUGGGGCAAUAAUAUCUGGGAUGAGGAAUGCUACUAGGGCUAGUAUUCGCAUACUAUCUAAGGAAAACCUUCCCAAAGUUGCAUAUGAAGAUGAAGAGAUGGUGCAGAUUACUGGAAGUCUUGAUGUUGCUAGCAAUGCUUUUUCACAAGUACUGUUGCGCCUGAGAGCCAAUAUAUUUGAAAGAGAACGAGCAGCUUCCACUUUUUUGCCUGCCCUUCCCUACAAUCCUAUGUCAUUAGAUAUGUCGGAUGGUCCCAAGUUUGGUAACAAAGAUGGUCAACCACAUAAUCGUUCAUACUCUUCUUACAUGAAGGGAUACAGCCCUAGUGAUUUGUCUGCAAGUGACAAUAAAGGAACUUAUGUAAGCUUAGUGGAGGUGACAUCUAUAGAAAUCAUGGUGGUCGCAAUUCUGGUCGGGGCUGUCACCAGGUUGUCCAGUGUAAACCAAGUUUCACAUAGGAAGCAUGGGUAUUAGUCCUGGGUUCUAGACUCCACAGAUAUGAAGAAUGACAUCUUAAACACUGCCAGCCGUCCUCUGCCAAGGAUUCUAUUGUACCUUUCCCACUUGUUGCCUUCUCUCCCCAAUCUUAAAGUUGUCGCAGAUUUUGAAGCCAGACCUUUCCCCUUUUCAAUGAAGCCAGCCUAGACCAGAAGACCAGACUAAUUGGGUUUGGGAAACUUAGUUCUACUUUGGCCGCCAUUGUGCGUGUCUUGGAUGACCAAGAAUAAGAUUAUUUGAUGAUGCAAAUCACCAUUCAAUCAUUUUUGGCCUGGACUUCAUGAUUUUCAGGCUCUGUAAUUCCCAAUAAUUUGCUUUCCAUGUAAAAACCCUUAGACUUGUUUGACUUUUGGCACUUUGGCUGAUGAAGUGGUUUUUAUAUUUUAUAACGAAGUUAAGGUAGCGUCUAAUUGAUCAGGAUUUUUCGUGUAUGCAUGUGGUUUGUGAAUUGCAUCAGAUAUGGAAGUUUAUGUUGCUGUAGUCCUAAGACCAGUAUAAAUUUAGCAGACAUUUUGUUGGUGUAAAUGCCACCACAUUUUGGUUUCUUGAUUA